GAGAAUGAACACUAUAAAUUCCACAAAGCACAAAGAGAAAUAAUGUCUUCUGCUUUUAGUCCUGCCAUUGCAUAGCAUUCCACCCUUCGAUUUAUAGAGUUGAAGGCUGCGUAAUGAUAAGCUGGAGGGUGAUGGGAACGGCCGUUAUUGUGAAUGUAAUGAGGACUUUUUUUUAGAAAGGCGCUGGAGCUGAGUAGCUAUGAGCGACUCUAUCAAGACGAUCUGGUUGGAUGUCGAUCCAGGGCACGAUGACGCUACCGCCAUAAUGCUCGCCAUAAAUUUACCCAACAUACAUCUUCUCGGAAUCUCAACGACGCAUGGUAAUGCCAGCAGUUACCACACAGCAAUCAACGCCGCUCGAUGUAUCCUCGCAUUUGGCGGUGCACAACUUGGAAUUAAAGUCUAUCCAGGCGCAUCGAAACCUCUGCUUCUUCAAGCUAAACACGAUCCAGAAAUCCAUGGUCCAGACGGUCUGGGAGGCGUUGAGGGGCUACCGGCCGUAGAUGAUUCAGCGGUUUUAGCUAUGAUUGCCAAAGAUGAAGAAGGAGAAACUGUUCGUGCGUUAGAUGGAAUGGCACAACAUAUCAAACAGACUUGGAAGAACGGCGCUGGAAGAAAAGUUACUGUCGUUUCCUGUGGACCACUGACAAAUCUGGCUCUAUUCAUCAGUGUAUAUCCAGAGCUCGUUGAUGCUGUAGACCAGUUUGUCUUUAUGGGCGGAGGAGUCGGAUUAGGGAACCGAUCCGCAGUUGCUGAAUUCAACAUUCUCUGUGACCCCCAUGCCGCUCAAAUCGUUCUCGAUGCACCUGUACCUGCGGUUAUGAUCCCUAUCAAUAUCACUCAUACAGCUAUUGUCACCCGUGACAUCCAUCGACGACUUCUCUCUCCGAGCCCCAUACCAGAUAGUCUCCCAGACACGAAGUCCAGUCUCCCGGCAGCUUCCACCCCUCUCCGACACACCCUCUCCACACUCAUUUCCUUCUUCGCAGACUCUUAUAAAUCCACAUUCGGCUUCAAUGACGGUCCGCCGCUCCACGACGCGUUGACAAUCGCAUAUGUAGCCCACCCGGAAUUGUUCACCAAGACACAGAGGUAUCGUGUUGACGUCGAAUUGAGUGGCGUACAUACGAUUGGCGAAACGGUAGUCGAUGUUUGGGAUUAUCGCGGCUGCGGAGAUGAUAGCUGGGCAAGCGAUGGGAAGAACUGUAUUGUCACGCAGUCGUUGGAUGUUGUCAAGUUUUUCGACAUAUUCUUGCACUGUGUCUCCUGGUGCGAUACAAGGUCUCCUCUAAAUAAAUGAAUGUACAUCGCGUUAGAGCUUAGCAUUAAGUACAGACAUGAGAAUGAGCACUUCAAGCGUCAAUCUAAGCUUCAGCUAUCAAGAUCUUAUUCU